UGUGGCAAAUGUCGGGGAAGGGGAAUUGGAAGAGUCCCGUGUCCGAGGAGUCGCGUUAGCUCACUCGCCUCCCUGCAGCCUAUUUCUGUCGUCCAUUGAAAGGAGCUCGCUGGGCCAUCCCCCCGACGCGCGCCUGUGCUGUGGAGCUCCCCCUUGCUGCGUGCAUCGUGAUCUAGUGGAUGCAGCGAGUCUUGCAGAGAGAGAACGCAGGGUCACCUUCUGUCGCUGCAAAAAGGGGGAAAUACCGAAUAAACUGCAGCACAGACUGUCAGGCAGUGGCGCACCUCGGCGGCAGGCUGCAUCUCCGGUGAUCUCCUGCAGGGGACCUACAGCUCUCUCUCAGGUUUAUGGAAACCUGACCUCUCAUUGGUGGAGAAGUGCAUGAGGAACCCAGCUCUGCUGCAGAGGACAGGUUUAGUCAUUAGAGUACUUUGCCACAUCCAGGAAAAUGUCUGGCUCCUACGAUGAAUGUGCAGGUGCUGACGACACCAUGGACAGCUUCUGGGAGGUGGGGAACUACAAACGUGCUGUCAAGAGAUUUGACGAUGGCCAUCGGCUCUGCAACGACCUCAUGGGCUGCCUGCAGGAACGUGCCAAGAUAGAGAAGGCUUAUGGCGAUCAGCUAACCGGAUGGUCCAAGAGGUGGAGGCAGCUCAUCGAGAAAGGCCCACAGUACGGCUCCGUGGAGAGAGCCUGGCUGGCUGUGAUGACCGAGGCGGAGAAGGUGAGUGAGCUGCACCAAGACGUGAAGAACAACCUGAUGAACGAGGACGUGGAGAAGGUGAAGAACUGGCAGAAGGAGGCCUAUCACAAGCAGAUGAUCGGCGGCUUCAAGGAGGCCAAGGAGGCCGAGGAAGGCUUCAAAAAGGCUCAGAAACCCUGGGCCAAGAAGCUCAAGGAGAUGGAGGCAGCUAAGAAAUCGUACCACAUGGCCUGCAAGGAGGAGAAGCUGGCUGCAGCCCGAGAGGCCAACGGCAAGACUGAGGCGUCUGUCACACCAGACCAGCAGAAGAAGCUCCACGAGAAAGUGGACAAAUGCAAACAGGAUGUGCAGAAGGCUAAAGAAAAGUACGAGAAGUCUCUGGAGGAGCUGAACAAGUGCACCCCGCAGUACAUGGAGAGCAUGGAGCAGGUGUUUGAUCAGUGCCAGCAGCAUGAAGUCAAGAGGCUGACCUUCCUGAAGGAGGCCUUGCUGGACAUCAAACGCCACCUUAACCUCACCGAGAACCAAAGCUAUGCCACGAUAUACAGAGAACUGGAACGCACGAUCCUGGGCGCAAACACACAAGAGGACCUGAAGUGGUUCAGCAACAACCACGGCCCCGGGAUGCAUAUGAACUGGCCUGCCUUUGAGGAAUACAACCCAGACCAGGCCAGCGCUCCUCCAAAGAAGAAGAAACCAGACGGAGCCCCACCCACUCCGAGCACCGACCAUGUGGCUCCACCUGGUGAUCGUAGCAGUGUGAGCAGCUAUGAUAAAAAUCAAGCUUACUCGACCGAGUGGUCCGACGACGAGCAGCCCACUGCGUUCUCCGGAAACGAAAACGGUGGCAACGGGAAUUCGUUCGAAGACGACUCCAGCACCGGGAAAGGGGUCCGCGUCCGCGCUCUCUAUGAUUACGACGGCCAGGAACAGGACGAGCUCACCUUCAAAGCAGGUGACGAACUGACCAAGACCGAGGACGAAGACGAGCAGGGCUGGUGUAGAGGUCGCAUGGACAACGGCCGAGAGGGACUGUACCCGGCCAAUUACGUUGAGCCGAUCUAGUCACGUUACUGAACAAGGACACGCCAUUGGAGGCAGCUUGAACUGUCCCGUCCAAUCGCACCGCACAUAGCCAGAGACUUAAGAGCAACACAUCCCUUGCCCAACAGAUGCGCCAAGCAGUCUUGCCUAAAUAAAAACUUAGUAACCUAAAAGACAAUAUAUCAGUAUACUAUAUUUUAUCCAGCAUUUGGGGUGGGUGGACUUACACAUUUAAGAGCAGGAGCAGCAGUUAUUCCAGUAUAUACACACUCAACUAUAACAUCACAACAGUGCAGGAACACAUUGCUUCUCUGUGUAGCUGUAUUUAACGUAUAAUGCAGCUUAUUUAAACUUGCAGUGUACUGCAGUCUGUUCUCUUGUGAAAAAUGGGAAGAUAAUAUAAUCAGUUAUGCCCAUUCGACAAAGACGAGCUUCUCUAACCUGCAUUGUGUAUAUACGGUGUGAUGCCAUUUUUGUGUAGCAUUCCUAAUGCUGUGUGUGGUCAGUUGUCAUUCUUACAUCGGGAAUGCUGUGUAGUGUUUAAAAGUACCACAGACAGUAUCCUCUAUUUUCUUUUUUUUUUCUUUUUUUUUCAGUUUUUCUUUGUGACUUUUGGUCCAACCUCUUUCCUGUGUGUGCAGUGCUAUGUGUUUUUAACUGUUUCUGAACUUGCAUAGCAGCAUGUGCUAUGCAAAUGACUUGCAUUCCCUGAAUCCUGCGGCCUCCUUCAGGCUACAAACUUGAUGCAACACUUUCAAUCUACAAAUGCAGAGUUCACUUCCCGAGCAUCACACGCUUGUGUUUUCAUGAAAGGAAGCUUGUUCAUGAACUGAUCUUGUGUUCUGGUUUCGUUUUGUUUCGUUUUGAGCACAAGUUUUUCUUUCUCUUCAGCAUCACACGUCCUUUGACAGUAUCAUCUUCAUUGCGAUCCAUGGGAAGGAGACACAGUUUUCUGCAGAAGCUUUCAUUCUUGGUUCAGUAUUCAGGUCUCAUUUUAAUCCACUACUGCUAACAAGAAACAAGAGUGAUGCGUUUCCUCAGUGCAAAGUCGGAUCAAGUCAUCUGCAGGAUAGGAGGAGGGUUUUGAACAAAAUGCCCCAUGCCGGGCACUUUUUCUUCCAGAGAGAGGGGCCAAUGGAGGCAUGGCAAUGUGUUACUGUGAAGAUCGAAGCCUCUCCAACAGGACAUGAAUGUACUAGUGUUUGGGCUUGACAAUGGCAUGUUGUCUAAACAUGGCUCUCCACCGUCAUUCGAAGCCCUACCUAGCAAAAAGCACUAGUUAUGUGGCCCGUUUCCCUGCUGAGCCAAAGAAUGACCCAAUACCAUCAACUAUAUGUUUUCUCUCCAUGCAAUAACUUCACAUAUCACAUGUGAAACAGCUUCGGUGAAGAUCAACUUGUAGCUGCCUCCCAGUCCACCCAAACUUCAUUUGUCUGCAAAAACACUCACUAUGACACAGGGAAUAUUACAUUUGUAACCAGUGCUGCACUGCAUGUAAGAUGGCUCUUACACAGUGCAUUACAUUUUAAAUAUUUUAACUUGCUCCAUAGAAAAAAAAACUUAUUAAUUUAGAGCAGGAGGCACAUUUAUCAGAUGUUGUCUCGCUAACGAGUUGCAUUUAAAAAAGGAAAAAAAAAGGAAAAAAAAAUCUCUGAUUAGACGGGAGAGAUGCUUUUUAUAAACGUAGUCGUCCUGAGGUUUUUAAAUUUCACAGGACCAACAGCAGUCAGAUGUGUUUAGUUCUGUGUCUGGAAAAACAGGAUUUGACAGGUUUGGGUCUCACACACGAGGAGAAACACAUCACCAGCUCACAAGUUGUGUCUUAGAGUAAGCUGUCCAGCAUAGCAAAAAGGACUUCUUUUCAUUAUACUGUCCCACAUUCUUGACGCAUAUAUAUAUAUAUAU